AUGCCACUCUUGUUGCUACCGCCAACGGCCUGGUGCGCCACAACAGCGGCUGCGCCGGCGUCGGUCGCGUUCUCGCGGCCCCUGCCUUCCCGGCUCCGCGCGUCCCACGUCCUCUCCGCCUUCCCGCGCCUGCGGAAAUACGGCCGCCGCCACCGGGAUUACGUGGCGGCCCGCAGCUUCGACGACGACGACGAUGAGGAGGCGGAGGAGGAGGAUUGGGAGUACGACGAGGAUGAAGAAGAGGUGGAGGUAGACGAGGAGUUUCUGGCGACGCGGCCCAAGCCGGUGGGUUUUGGUGCGGGGAAGACCUACUCCACGGACAUCGAAGAGCAGCUUCUCCAGGAGACGGGCCUUGGCGGGGCGCGGCGCGGCGGCGAGCCCGCCGGGGACAAUGCGGCCAAAGAAACGGGCGCAGAUCUCAGUGAUGAUGGUGUUCAAGUUCGUCUUUGGAACCUCCCAAAAAAGAAAAACAUACACAAGGAUCUGAAGCAAGCUUUUAAAGGGUUUCCUGGCCUCUUGUCUAUAAAUCCAGCAGUUUCCGCAAAUAAGAAAACUCGUGAUCCUAUCUGUAAGGGUUUUGCAUAUCUCAAACUGGAGUCUGAGGAGGCUGCAACCAGGUUCGUUGAGAUGUACUCUCGUAAAACUGUUUUGUUUGGCAAGGUUCAGAAGCCAAUAAGUAGUUGUAUUGUUCAUGCGCACAGCUCUAUUGAACCUUCGAAUAAAGCAUCCAGUAGCCAGGCAAUUUCUCAACCAAGGUUGAAGCACAAUAAUUUUGUGGCAGCAGGUUCAAUGACUCAUUGAGAUAUGUCAUCCAGUAGUCAUGCGUACUUCUAGAGGUCGCAAAUUUGCUGAAGAAGCUUUGCUACACAGAUUAGGUAGUCCUAUGUAUCAGCUCAAAAUUGAUAAGAAACGCAUAUAUUGAGCAGUUGGCUCUUGUUACCGUUCUAUGUAUGUAAUAGCAUUGGCAUUAGGGCAUCAACAAUGUUGAAUUGUGUUAGAUAUAUAUUGCUCUGUGUAAUAUUUCAAAAUUAUACGGAGUUAUUUGCAUAUUGUUACCUAUAUAUGUGUAUAUGUAUUGGUAUAGUCUUCAUGGAAUAUAAGUUGCUAUUGCUAAUA